AUGACUGAUGAACAAGUCCAGGGUUCCCAAAGGGACACAACCAUUGAAGAAUUGAAACAACAACAUGGCUCGUCAAAGGGGAAACUUGAGUGUCGGUUGGGAAUUGUAGAAUCCCACUACAAGCAAGCUUCUUACUACCAAAGUCAGAUAGAAAGAUUGUCUCCCAGAGAUAAUGGAAGAGCCGAAAUUGAGGAACUAUAUGUUUCAAUUAAAACUAAAAUUCUUACUCAAAUUGGGCAAGAUAGACGUCCUAGUGUAACUGAUCAAUCUUUUGUGUUGCCUCAUGUCCCAUCUAAUAGAUUACCCAGCUUAAAAUUACCCAAGUUUGAUGGGAAAUAUCUUGAAUAUAAGAACUUUAUAAAUACGUUUAACAAUUUGGUCAACAAUGACCCAAAUAUUUCUACUUCGGAAAAAUUCAACCACUUACUCUCGUGUCUUAGUGGGGAAGCGCUUGCAACCAUAAAGGCAUUCCAAGUCACUGAUGAAAAUUAUUCUAGUGCCCUUAAAAGAUUGAAGGAGCGGUACGAUAAUGACACACUAAUCUUUCUUGAAAAUGUGACAUCAAUGUUUGAACUUCCGAAGUCCAAUAAACCUGUUCCAAAGCAAUUGAGAAAUAUUGUGGAUACAAUUUCUGCUCUCUAUAGCUCUUUGAAAUCCCUUGGCUCCUUUGAACAAAUUUGUGAUGCCUUCAUAAUUCAUCUCGUAAUGAGCAAGGUUGAUUCUGAAACCAAACAACGAUGGGAUGAAUACAUCGAUUACUCUAAAUUACCCUCUUGGACUGAAUGUUGCUCCAUGUUGGACAAGCGUUGUCAGCAAUUGGACGCACAGUGCCGACGGUCUUCAAAACAGCAUAACCCUACCAUAACAAAUUACUCACAUAGUAAUAAUCAAAAACAACAUUCAUUCGUAACAAAAAAUGUGGCUCAAGAUUUAGUGUGCAGUCAUUGCUCAAAAUCGGGUCAUAUGAUAUCAACUUGUCAACGGUUCAUCGUUCUUACUCCUAAUCAACGAAUUGAACAAGCUAAACAACAAAAACUUUGCCUCAACUGUUUAUCAAAAGGGCAUGGUUACAUACAAUGCCCCUCAAAAUAUUCAUGCAGAUUUUGUAAACAACGUCAUCACUCGCUUCUUCAUAAGCAAUCAGAACCAACCUGUCUCCGGGAAGAAGAAGAACCGUCAUCAUCAUCUGCUACCACCCAUAGCACCUUUCAAACCAAACCCAGUCCCCAAGUGAGUACUGUUAUUCUUGCUACUGCAUUAGUACUGGUUCGUGACUCAGAGGGAAAAUAUCAACUGGGCCGUGCUCUGCUUGACUCUUGCUCUCAAGUCAAUUUCAUAAGUGAGACAUUAUGCAAAUCUCUUAAUCUCAAGAAAUGCACAAAUUCAACAGAUGUCUCUGGAGUUGGUUCUUCUAAGUUGAGAGUUACUCAUAAAACACAAACGACAAUAAGAUCUCGUCUUAAUAACUUCAAUAUGUCAUUAGAGUUCCUGGUUUCUCGCAAUAUAACUGGUUAUCAUCCUGAUGAAAAUCUUUCCGCUAAUAAUUUCAAUUUGCCCUCCAACAUAGAGCUAGCCGAUCCAGAAUUUCAUCGUCGACGAGGAAUCGAUAUUUUACUCGGAGCAGAAUCAUUCUUUUCGCUCUUAUCCGUUGGUCAAAUUAAACUUGGAGAAAAUUUGCCCACUUUACAAAAAACUCUCUUGGGAUGGAUUGUCUCUGGAAAGUAUACAAGUCAAACGGCAAUAUCAUCACAAAGGUCUACUUACUCCAUUGUACAACACAAAGAUAUUUUCCAAGAGAUAAAUAAAAAUAUUGAAAUGCUAUGGAAAAUUGACGUCGUUGAAAGUAAAUGCCAAAAUAUGUCCCGAGAACAAAAAGUAUGUGAAGACCAUUUUGUGAAAAAUGUAUCAGUUCAAUCGGAUGGACGCUUAAUGGUGAGAUUACCCUUUAAAGGUGACCCAAAUGUGCUUGGCGAUUCACGAGACAUUGCACUGCGUCGUUUCUUUUCCAUAGAGAGAAAGUUGAACAAAAACCCUGAAUUAAAAGAAGAUUACUCAAAAUUUCUUAAAGAAUAUGAGGAAUUGGGCCAUAUGUCUCAGGUGGACGACACUAAUAUUUCAGUUCCCAACUAUUACAUACCACAUCACUGUGUUCUUCGCCCCAGCAGUGUGUCGACCAAGUUGCGUGUUGUUUUCGACGCAUCAUGUCGAACCUCUUCACAAACAUCCCUGAAUGAAAUUAUGAUGGUGGGUCCAACAAUCCAGAACAAUUUAUUAAUUACUCUGCUUCGUUUCAGGUGUCAUCGUUACGGAAUGACAGCUGAUAUCGUCAAAAUGUAUCGCCAGGUUUUGGUUCACCCUGAGGAUAGACAACUUCAGCUUAUACUGUGGAGAGAUGACUCCACCAAACCGAUAAAAACAUUUGCCCUCAACACCGUUACAUACGGGACAGCUUCGGCACCAUAUCUCGCAAUUCGAAGUCUACAUUAUGCCGCAGAACGUUUUCCCAACCCAUACGAAGUAGGAAAAGACAUAAUAAUGAAUGAUUUUUAUGUCGACGAUAUGGUUACUGGAGCGGAUGACCUUGUAUCUUUAAAACGCAUUAAGAAAGAAGUCACCGAAAUUUUAUCUUACUCGAAAUUUUCACUCUCAAAAUGGCAUAGCAAUUACCCAGGUUAUGUCUCAAGUGAAGAUGAAGUAAAGGAAAUGAAGCUAAAUGAUGACGUCACAAGUACUUUGGGUAUGACAUGGCACUCAGAUAAUGACACAUUCCACUUUGAGUUUCGCCCAUCCAAAACGAUAGUCUGGUGCAUUCAACAACAUUAUUUUUCGGAGGAAUUCCUUGAAAUAUCAAAGCAUGGAUUUGUCUCUGGUCGGCUGUCAUCAUUGGCUCCAUUUAUAGAAGAUGUCUCUGGAGUGCAAUUAAUAAGAGUUGGAGGCCGAUUAUUAAAUGCCGAGCUUACACCAGAGAUGAAGUUUCCUUUGCUCCUGCCCAAAACCGAUCCCUUCGUAAAAAUCAUGGUGAUCUACAUUCAUCGCUCUAAUUACCAUGCUGGUCCACGAGCCUUAGUAUCUUUGAUUCAGCAGCAAUUUUGGAUUGUCAAUUGUCGGUCUUUGGCCCGAAAGGUUGUUCAUCAGUGCAUACAUUGCACAAGAUACAAACCGAAAUUACUCACUCAGGUAAUGGGCAACUUACCCAAGGAUCGAGUUACCGGUUUCCGCCCAUUUGAUGUUGUUGGAGUUGAUUUUGCUGGUCCCAUACCAACGUGGCACACAGAAUACUUGGCUCAGUUACAAAAUCGUUAUCGCUGGAAAAACCCACAACAAAAUCUUCAAGUCAACGAUAUGGUGCUCAUACACGAAGACAAUGUUCCCCCCAUGAAAUGGGCCAUCGGUCGUAUUACCAAACUUAUUCCAGGAGCAGACGGUUUUGUUCGAGUGGCAGAAGUCAAGACAUCACAAACUACAUUAAAGCGUCCCGUGGCAAAGUUAGCCGUACUUCCUAAAGAAUAA